UCAAUGUGUCACACUCACAGCAUCGGCAGCAGGUGCGGGCGCGCGCAUCACUGUGCGCGUCACCGAGCACAUGGAGUGAAAACCUCCUUCAGUCAAACUGCGCUUUGAUUCACCGGCCGAAGAGCACAGCAGCGGCAGUCUGAUCCAGCUCAAACUUCAACUGUGUUGUGGAGCUUGAAAGCAUGGAGAAAGGACGCAGCACCCCGAGACUGUACGGAUCCCUGGAUCCCACAGAGCUCUGCGGAGACACUGUCAAACAAGCUGAAGAGGAUGUGGUGUCCAUGGCUGAUUCCACCAUCACUGUGGAGGACAUCGAGGGAGAGCUGUUCAAAAUCGAGAGGAUAAAGGAUGCGCUGGUCCGAAAAGAGUCCGAGCUCAGAUAUAUGACGGAUGACAUCCAGUUGUGUAAGGAGAUCACAAGGCUCAAAAAAGAACUCCAGAAAUUGGUUUCCAUCCCAGACAAAGACAAGUCAAAUGAGGACAGACAGCGUGAGGAAGAGCUACUUCAGCAGAUCCAGAAGCUGGUGGAGACGCGGGACUUUCUAGUGGACGACAUGGAGUUUGAGAGGCUCAGAGAGCGAGAAGAGGACAAAGAGAUGGCUGACUUCCUUCAGACCAAAUUUCCCAGCAGGUGCAGCAUGAAAAGUCAUACCAAGGACAAGAGAAUGAUGUCCAGAGACCAGCAGACGUCGUCCCCGUACGUGACCAAGACAGGUGUCACCCUGCUGAAAGAGUGCUGCGGCUUCACCUGCUCCAUCAUGUAGAUACGUGAAUGUAAAUCAGGAGAGAGUGAUUAGUAAACAAGCCCCCAGAUCUGUGAUUCAGCACAAUAUUUUCAAGCACUCUUUCACGUUACAUUUCAGAACAGACGGCAGAGCAUGAGCG